AUGGCUGCUGAAGGACGUCACGACAGCAUUGCACGAGACUUCCAUGACGAUGUCAAUGGAAAGGCCCACGAAGGCGAAGAUCCGGAGGAGACACUGCAAAAGAUCAAGACGACGGGGACAGGAAGUGUGACGAUUUCGUCGGAUCUGUUCGAGAAGCUCUACCUACAGCCGAAAUUCGCGGGACCACCUUUGAAGCACCCUCUGCAGAAUAUUCUAGGCAAUCCCACGGCACUUGGCAUCAUUGGCUUCGAGAUGUCCCUGAUGCCCAUCACGAUGCAGUUGAUGGAAUGGCGAGGAGCAAAGGGCUCUCGUUCCGCCAACAACGCCGAUGUCAUCUUCUACGGUGGCGUUCUGAUGUGGCUCGCUGGUAUCCUCGAAUUCAUCCUCGGUAACACCUUCCCAUUCCUGGUCUUCACCAUGUUCGGCAGCUUCUACGCGGCCUACGGCGCUACGCUCAUCCCAUGGUUUGCUACCUACGCCUCCUUCUCCACAGAUGUCGACAACGAAGCUUUGGGACUGACCACACAAGGCUUCAACGCCAGCUACGGACACUACUGGGCAGCAUUCUGCGUCCUCUGGCUACUCUUUACCAUCUGCGCGGCUCGCACGAACAUCGUGUUCUUGCUCGUGUUCAUCCUCAUCGAGGUCGGCGUAUGCCUGGUCACAGCCGUCUUCUACCAUCUUGCGAACGGAAAUGCCAGCAGUGCUCACGACUGUCAAAAGGUAUGUGCUGCUGGCGGGGUGUUGUUCGCGUCUUGCAUGGUGGGAUGGUAUCUGUUCGCUGCCUUGCUGUUCCCCAGCGUCGACUUCCCAUUACCACUCCCACUCGGCGACCUCCAGCAAAUCGUACCUGGACUGUCCGACAUUCGAGCAGGCAAGACGGGAAAGAGCGGCCGCUCGAUUUUCCGAAGGAAGAGGCAAGACGUCGUCGAAGACGCUGUCUAG